AUUCCAUACUCAAAAGGUUCGUCGAUGGUUUGGUAGACAACAACUGUAUUUUCGACUAUCUACGAGCCUGGGAACAAGCCUUGGCCGACCAUCCUGAGAUGGAUAUUUGUUUCUUGUGUUACGAAGAUCUCCACGAGAACACGUUAGCAGAAGUGAAGCGACUGUCCAAGUUCCUGGGCAAGGACUAUGACGACGAGUUCCUCCAGGCAGUCAUCAAAGCCGCCAGUUUUGACAACAUGAAGAAAGAGAAGAUGAGCACCUUUCAAGACGAUGGAGGACACAUCAUGUACAGAAAAGGUAAAGUCGGAGACUGGAAAAACAACUUCACCGUGGCUCAGAGCGAAUGGUUCGACCACAUCACCAGGAGCAGGAUGUUGGGUUCCAAACUGUUCAAGUUCAGAUAUGACCUCUGAUCUCGACCUCAGUGAUCUCUGUUUUGACCU